GAGUUUCUCGACGACCGCUUCGUGAUCACCAUCGUCGAUUAUCAACCGGUGCAACUCGUCAUCCCCAUGGAUCAAAUACGAAAAUAGCUUUUAGAAUAUCAAAAAAUCGUCAACAUCGGCCAAAUAAUCAUUCAGUUGUUAAUUUGCAUACAACACAACGAACUACAACAACUCGACGAUUAACAUCUCUUGAACGAUGCAAACAAAUUCAAGCUAAUCCUUCCAAUGCUGCCGAGAUUUUACUCCGUGAACGACUCAUUUUCUCAAUUGAAGAUUUAUCAGGUCGACGACCAUUAACACAAGAAGAAGUGGUACGAUCGAAUAUCGCUUUUGGUUGUGUACCACGCUUAGAUGAAGCGGAAUGUCAACGAUCACUUUGCUAUAAUCUCUAUUAUCGUACCAUGGAUGGUACGUGCAACAAUCUAUUACGACCUUUACAUGGAGCUGCUUUUCGACCUUACAAUAGACCGAAUGCACGUGAAGUUAGCCGAUCAAUCCUUUCAUCCCGAAAAACGGUACUACAUCGAGAAUACAAUGCUUUAUUGAUGCAAUGGGGACAAUAUCUCAUUCAUGAAAUGGCAAAGACAACACUUGUACCAUCAGCCAAUUUCAAAUCUAAUAAAUGCAUUCGAGUCUCACGUUCCAGUGCCAUAUGUGGUUCCGGAAAACAAAAACCACGACAACAACUUAAUGAAAAUACAAAUUUUAUUGAUGGUUCACCAAUUUAUGGAUCAAGUGCUGGGGAUUUGCAUAAAUUUCGAGAAGGUCGAACGGGUUUUUUGAAAACAAUCUUUUUCAAUGGAUUUCAUUUACUUCCGUUCGAUACAAAUUUAUGUCGGAAUGCUGCAUCCUGUUCAGCAAUUUUUGUUGCUGGUGAUAGUCGUGUAAAUUUAUUCAUAGGCCUUAGCUCCUAUCAGAUUAUCCUCACACGAGAACAUAAUAGAUAUGAAUAA